CCCAUCAAAUCAUUAUUAAUUGGAGCCCGAUUCCCUCAUCUCUGUUCUCGUUUUUCUUGGCCGCAAAACCCGAUGAGGGUCGCCUGCGCCGCCAACGCUCGGGCCGGGUGCUCUUCCUGACAGAGGCGGGGCUUCCGCCGCGGGGGCAGAGCCUGUUUUCGGGGGCGGAGCCACUCGGCUCCCGUCUCCGCGGGCAGGGCCUAUCGCUAGUGCCGGGCGUAGCGGCGGCGCCCCGGGAGCGGCGGGCGGUGCUCCGGAACGGGCGGGCGGUGCCAGCGUUGUCCCGGAACGGGCGGGCGGUGCCGGUGUUUCCCGGGAGCGGCGGGCGGUGCUCCGGAAGCGGCGCUGCAGGUGCCCCGGAAGCGGCGGGUGGUGCCCCGGAAGCGGCGCGGACAGAGCGGCGAUGGCGGCGGAGGAGCCUCAGCAGCCGCAACCGGAGCCGCUCGGCGGCAGCGACGCGGACGGCGUGAACUGCCUGGCCUACGACGAGGCGAUCAUGGCGCAGCAGGACCGCAUCCAGCAGGAGAUUGCGGUGCAGAACCCGCUGGUGUCGGAGCGCCUGGAGCUCUCGGAGCUCUACAAGGAAUACGCCGAGGAUGACCACGUGUACCAGGAGAAGAUCAAGGAUCUGCUCCAGAAAUAUUCCUACAUCCGGAAGACACGUCCAGACGGGAAUUGUUUCUACCGCGCCUUCGGCUUUGCCCACCUGGAGGCUCUACUGGAGGAUGGGCAGGAGCUGCAGCGGUUCAAGGAGGUGUCAGCGCGCAGCAAGGAGGAGCUGGUGGCGCAAGGCUUCACUGAGUUCACUAUCGAGGACUUCCAUAACACGCUGAUGGAGCUAAUCGAGCGUGUGGAGCGCCGUGUGCCGCUGCCAGAGCUGCUGGCAGCCUUCAACGAACCAGCGACCUCGGACUACCUGGUGGUUUAUCUGCGACUGCUGACCUCGGGCUGCCUCCAGCGCCACCGCCGCUUCUUUGAGCAGUUCCUCGAGGGUGGCCGCAGCAUCAAAGAGUUCUGCCAACAGGAAGUGGAGCCCAUGUGCAAGGAGAGCGACCACAUCCACAUCAUCGCGCUGGCGCGGGCGCUGCACGUCUCCAUCCUGGUGGAAUACAUGGACCGGGGCGAGGGCGGCGCCACAAACCCGCACGUGUUUCCUGAGGGCUCGCACCCCCGCGUCUGCCUCCUCUACCGCCCUGGCCACUACGACAUUCUCUACAAGUGACCCCUCUGGCAUGAGGGGCCUUGUGCCAACCCCACAGCCAUGGGGUCCUGACCCCACAGGCCCUCUUGUGACCUCCCAACCCCCUUCCCAUCCCCCAAUAAAGAUGCGGCCCCA